CGGAAGGGCGCCGUCUCCGCUAUGGCGGCCGGGGGCCCGAUUUGUUACGCGCUCCUGUGUGGUCAGGCGGCGCUGUUGCUGGGCAACCUGCUCCUGCUGCAGGGGGUCUCCCGGACCCACCAGCACAACGCUACCGACAGCCCCGCCGGCGCCGCCGCUCGAGACGCAGAAGCGCAGCAGCGGCCCCCUCACGCAACCACCGCCUCCGCCAGCCUCUGGGAAUACCAAGGCCCGUACGCGCCGCUGAUUCUCUGCAACCACCUACCCGAAGAAUUCAUAGAAUGUGAGGCUCCUGUGGACCAUAACGGAAACUUGAGCGCAUGGGAUGAAUUAGGUUAUGGCUGUCUCAAGUUUGGUGGCCAAGCAUACAGCGACGUCAGUCACACCCGAGUCCUUUGCAGGGCAUUGGAUGGCAUUGAGUGCGCAGGACAGCGAAUCUUUCUGCGUGGGAACAAGCCCUGCAUAAAGUACACUGGGCACUACUUCAUUACCACUUUGCUCUACUCCUUUUUCCUUGGCUGUUUUGGAGUGGACCGCUUCUGCCUAGGCCACACAGGUACAGCCGUGGGAAAGCUGCUGACGCUUGGAGGACUCGGCAUCUGGUGGUUCGUGGACCUGAUUCUUUUAAUUACCGGAGGACUCAUGCCCAGCGAUGGGAGCAACUGGUGCACCAUUUAUUGAAAAGCUUGUCAGGUGUUUUUUUUUUGUCGGACUUAAUCCUGAGAGGACAAAGACUGGCAGCCGAGCUGACGUGACCUACUCCAUGAGAUAAGAUCCACGGCGACCAAAGAGACUGGAGGUGGUGUAUUUAUUUUUUAUUUUUUUUCCCCCAUGGAAUUGGGAUGGGGCUGAACAGAAGAAAAUGCCAACCACAAUUUCUGCGGUAUAUACCUCAUUGUUUUAAAAAGUUGUUCUCCUCCUUACAGGAGGACUGUACAUUUAUUUAUGAAUGCCAUGCCGUUUUCGACGUGCCGUGCUCCACUCCUUGCUUUUCAGCUUGUGCCACAGUAGUUUGCUGUAGAUGUGUGCACAGCUCCAGGUUUUUGUUGCUGCAAGUUCAGAAGUUUUUAUAAUCAAAUUUUAUAAUCAGUCCAUUUGGCUGGAAUUGGCUGGCCGGAAUUUGCAAGGUUGUUAAGGCUGUACUAAAAGAUGGUGGUUGAUUUACUUUCAACUUUAGGAGGGCGGCACUCCUUUCCCCCUGAAAUAAAUCCUUAAACAAAGUCCCUCUUUAUGUCUUUGUGCAUAGAUAAUCUCCGACAAUCCUUCUCCGUUCUUAAAUCUCAUUUUACAAUGGAGGUAUGGACAAGCAAGAGUACCUUUCUUUAGCUCAAGGGUCUUCAAACUUCACAGCUUUAAGACGUGUGGACCUCAACUCCCAGAAUUCCUGAGCUAACAUGACUGGAGGAGGAAUUCUGGGAGUUGAAGUCCACACGUCUUAAAGCUGUCAAAGUUUGAAGAUCCCUGCUUUAGAUACUCAAUUGUAACUUACUUAAAUCAACUCCAAAAUGUUAACUCAAAAAGCAGAGUCCUUCAUGCCUUAAACCAGGAUUGGGGACCAUGGCCUUUUUACGAUGUGUUGAUUUCAAUUCCCAGAAUUCCUGAGCCAACCAGGAAUUCUGGGAGUUGAAGUCCACACGUCAUAAAGGAGCCACGGUUUCCCCCUCUCACACCCCAAAAAAUGACUCAUCUCUUCCCUCCCACCCCAAGAGAAAAUGGUUGGAGACAGAUUUUUAAGACCAAUCAGCCAUUCUAAAAAUUAAACACAGAAGCACAUCCUUGCAAUCAAAUCUCCACGUUUAGAAACCAGCCAUGCUAAAAUAAUAGAUAUCGUCGGGGGGGGGAAAUCCAUCCAAUAGCGGUUGCAUGCAACAGGAUCAGGUUCCCCCUUGUCUAUUCUGUGACAUUGUAUGGAAGUUUAUAGGAUAUUUACCUUUCAAAGCUGAAAUCAAAAUGUAAUUCCUUUUUGCAGUAUAAUGAGACCUGACGGACGGCUGAACUUUCCGGGCGUUGCACCAUAUUAAGAGUAAAAACUCUCGAAGUGUC